ACUCCAAAUUUUUUUAAAUUGCAUGUCGAUUCAAAUAGUUUGUCCACUGUCUCGUUUUGUUGGAAUUUCACAAGAAGAAAACAAUACAUCUGAAUUUUUUUUAUAUUUGUAGAAUUUUGUAAAAAAUAAAAACAAUGUCUGACAAACCAUAUGCACCACCACCAAAUAUGCAAGUGCCGUAUGGCAUGGACAGCAAAGCAGCCGGAGCUCAACAACCUCCACAGGCUGCCUAUCCACCACAAGCAGGUUUCGCUCCGUACGGAUAUGCAUCGACCAAUAUGCCUCCACCUCCAGCAGAUAUGCACGUGCCGAUUCAUGACACCGAUCCAAUUGUCAAAGGUUUCCAAUUCAACACGGAGACUAUUCGUCGGGGGUUCAUCCGUAAAGUGUACUCCAUUCUAUCGGUACAACUACUUUUCACUUUUCUCGUCGUCAUGGCAUGCGUUCAUCAUGAUGGUACCAAACAUUUUGCGAUAAAAAAUAUUGGAUGGCUGUUUCCAGUUACCCUCAUCUUAGUGUUCGUUACGAUAAUCACAUUGAGUUGUUGUGAAGGUGUGCGACGUACAUCUCCCACCAAUAUGAUCUUUUUAUCGCUGUUUACGAUCGGUGAAUCAAUUAUGGUCGGAAUGGCCACCAUAAACUAUCCUCCGGACACGGUAAUGAUUGCAGUUGGACUUACCGCCGUCGUCGUGAUUGCGCUUACAGUGUUUGCUUUCCAAACGAAAUGGGACUUUACGAUGUUGGGAGGCGUUCUGUUCGCCGCACUUUGGUUGAUGAUUCUAACCAGUUUUCUGAUGAUGUUCUGGCGCAAUCACGUUGCCGAACUGGUUUUUUCUUCAAUUGGUGCUUUGCUCUUCUGUGCUUAUUUGAUCCAUGAUACUCAAUUGAUUAUGGGUGGUAAUCACAAGUUCUCAAUGAGCCCUGAGGAAUACAUACUCGGUGCAAUAACGCUAUUUUUGGACAUCAUCAACAUUUUCUUGUACAUUCUGCGUAUUCUGGGUGCAGCUUCGAAAAACUAAACGCUGAAAACUGCAAAUAUUUCAAAAUAAACAUACAUACAUUAUGAAUCUUCUCCGCUUUUUUCGACGGCUCUUUUUUGUUUUACAACAGAGAAGUUAACAACAACAUCAAAAAUAUUGUAAUCAAGCUGAACAUUGAAAAAUUACUACCUAGUUUUGUUUUGUAAAAUUUACAUCGACAUUUAUACUAAAGAGUAUGUAAGGAGAAAAAAGUACCAUUUUUGUGGCAAAAAACGCCAAAUAGCACAGAUUUAAAAGAAAGUUCAAAGUAAGGCUCUGUUUUGGUUCAUCAUUGAGUUGUUGAUUGUUAUUUGUCAUGGGCAUCGUUCUCAUCCAUCUCUUUUAACUCAUAAUACACGCAAAAUGUCGUGUCAUUCCGGAAAAGAGGUACUAAGAAACACACAAUAACUAAACAAUGAUGAUUAGAAACUGGUACAUAGGCACAGGGAAAUUUAUUCAAAAGGAGAAGAAGAAAUAACUUACAAAUUUUCCCUAUUAUACCUCAUUGUACACUAAAACUUUACUUUCCGUAUUUUAUCAUUUAUUUUUUUUUUGUAUUAUCUUGAUCUUGAUCAGCUGAAUGUCGUACAUAACGAAAUUGAUUGAACUAUUUAUAUGUUUGAUCGAAGAAAGAAAGCUAAAGAAGAUGGAAAACUGUCAAGUCAUAAGGGAAAUGAGCAACAAUAAGAAAAAUAAAUAGUUAGAAAAAAUGGUGAUGAUAACAUUGCUGAUAUUUCGAACAGAACUUCUAGAAAUGGAACAUGAUAAUAUUGCCGUUGGUUUUUUUUUUUUGAUUUGGAUUUAGAAAUAUCGUAUAAUAAAAACACAGAACAAACGAAUAAUUAAUAAAUUCAUUUUUUAUGUUUUGUGUACUUAUUCAAAGUAUUGAAAUGAUUGAAUGUUUGUUUGUUUUCGAUGGGAAAGAAUAUUUUUUGUCUCACAUUAUGAAAUUUGUGUUUAAAACUUUUUUUUUUAAUCUUAAUAAAUAUGCAUAUACGACAA